UACUGUUUAUUAUGGGUCGAAACGAGUCGACUCAAUCUAGCAAACUCGGCCCAUUCCUUUGCAACAGGAACCCUAGUGGCCUUGCAGAAACCCUUCUCUGUUACCAUCUUUUUCUCUGCAAAUCAAUGCUCCAUUCAUUAAUCUGGACUUUAUGUUCGUCUUCUAUAGGCUCUUUACUUCCAAAAUGACCAAUACCCUAGUCAGAAACUUUCUUUUUCAGCUACAAAAACGUUUUCUGCAAGCAUCUGCAAUACCCUUCUCUUCCACUUAUCCAUUGCCCACCACCACUUCCUCUUCGUCAUUUACAGUUCAAUACCUCGUGAACUCAUGUGGGCUUCCCUUAGAAUCUGCUAUAUCAGCCUCCCAGAAGUUUCAGCUCGAGAAGAAUAAGCUACAAAAAGCUCAAUCCGUACUGGAAGUCUUGAAAGCUCACAACUUUAGCGAUACCAUGUGGCCAAAUUGAUUGCAAAGUGGCCUCAAGUCCUCCAAUGCAGGGUAAGAGGCAAUCUCCAGCCUAAAUUUGAGUACCUUAUGAAAAAUGGCUUUGUGGAUGAGCUUCUGCCUGAGCUUAUCGUGUUAAAUCGGACAAUUUUGAAAAGGGGUUUAGAUACUCAUAUCAAACCAUCUUUUGAGUUCUUGAGAUCUUAUCUUAAUGAUAAUGAUAAAAUUGUAGCGGCUAUUAAGCGUGCUUCUUGGUUGUUGACGCAUGAUUUGAAGGGUAGAAUGCAACCAAAUAUGGAUUUCUUAAUAAAAGAAGGCGUGCCUCCUCAUUGCCUAGAAAAAUUUAUUACGUUGCAGCCAAGAGCUAUAAUGCAAAGGAAGCAUAGGAUAGUUUAUGCAGUGAAUGCUGUUAAAAAUCUGGGCCUUCAACCGACGUCUCGUAUGUUUGUACAUGCUGUUAGAGUGAUGAUAUCAAUGAGUGAGUCUACUUGGAAGAAGAAAAUUGAACUUUUGAAGAGUAUUGGAUGGAGCGAAGAAAAGAUAUUGUCGGCUUUUGUGCGAGACCCACUUUGUUUAGCUUGCUCAGAGGAGAAAAUCAAGAAUGUGAUGGAUUUCUACAUGAACACUAUGAAGUUGGAACCGCAUACUAUAAUUGCGUAUCCCAAGUUUCUUAUGUAUGCAGUUGACAAAAGGCUUCGUCCAAGAUAUGAUGUUUUGAAGGUUUUGGAAUCAAACAAACUGAUUAAAGGGAACAGGAAAAUUGAAUGGUUGUUCACCAUAACUGAGAAGAAUUUCAUGAAGAAUUAUGUUAAUAGGUAUGCAGAUGAAGUUCCAGGUUUAUUGGAGAUGUAUGUUGGCGCCAACAAAGCUAAAUAUAUAGUCUUAAAUCUUCAUUCUUCUAUUGGAGGGAGACAUACUUUAGUGAAUAGUGGUGGAUGUAGAAUGGAGAUGUACAUUGAUGUUUUUGUCGUGGCUUCUGCAACAUUCAUGCACAAAGGUUUCUCUUAGACUUGAAGAAUGAGAGAGCUGGACUAUAAUAAAGGCAGAAGCUCCUAAAGUUGAAUUUAGUGCUCAUGCAGUUGCAGUUAUUUCCUAUCUACACAAACAAAUAUUUCAGGAAUAAAACAGUAUUGUAGAUGUAACCACUGCUUGUUGAGUCAGGAUUCUGCUAUGAGGUCUGGCUCAAAUAUCCCAUGAUUAUAGCGGGGACAAAGGAUAGAGUGAAAGCAUUCUUGAGCUCUAUAUGGGUUCCCCUUUUUUCUCUCUUUUCUAAAGGGCAACAACAUUCUCCAUUCCUUUUCUGGAGAUUCAUUAUAGUUAAAAAGAUAGUAUGUAUGUGUAAUGGCUCAUAACAUUAUAUCAAACUGUACUGGUCCACUGAAUAGGUAAAUAUGUGUAUUUAUUAUUUGCCAACAAAAAAUCUUCUAUCACCUGGUGCAUUGCUUGGAUUGUGAACAAAACCUGCAAAUGUUUGUUAAUUUAUUUCUUCUGGCAGAGAAUUUCUUGUGA